GGUGCUGCUGGUGACGAACAAAAUUAUACACAGGCUUGCCCCCUUACACUUAUUUGUCCAUCCCAAUUUUAUACGUUAUACAUUGAAAUGCCUCCGUCUCUGUCUUUCCACCUGUCUGUCCUACCAACUCUUCAUCACAUUUCCGCCUGAAAAACAGCGUCUGUCCCUGGCAAAGACUUUGACUCACCAAAUUUUUGUCUCCUUCUACUAUUGUGUUGUAGUUCCCUGUCUUGAAAAAAGAUCCCGGUGACCCUCAUCCCCUCCCGACCGAGACUUAAGUGAACUUCCCCCCCCGAGAGAACAGCAUCCCUCCCAGGUUUUCAUGCAGGGACAGGCAGCGGUUUAAUACUGGGCCAAACAGAGAAAUGGUUCCAGUUAAACUCCUUGUUCUGGGAGCUCAGAACACUGGAAAAACAGCACUGUGUGUCCGCUUCAUAACCAAGCGCUAUAUCGGUGAAUAUGACCAUAAAAAGGAGAUGACCUACAGAUGCAGCAGGGUGGUGGACCAGGAAACCGUUGAUAUGGAGAUUAUGGAUAUUGCUUGUAAGGAGACCUCUGUGGCUUCCCUGGAGUCCUCCAUCCGCUGGGCAGACGGUUUCCUGCUGCUCUACUCCGUCACACAACGCGUCAGCUUCCUGGAUGUCCCUCGAUUUAAGAAACUCAUUGACCAAACGAAACAGAGCCUGGUUGUUCCUACCAUGCUUGUUGCCAAUAAGGCCGACUUGGAAAUUGGGAGGGAGGUGACAACCGAGGAAGGACAGAGACUGGCAAAGGAAUUACGGUGCAGUUUCAGGGAGCUGUCGGUGGCGGAAGCAGUUCUAGCUGUGGAGGUAGCAGUGUUUCAGCUCAUCAGACUGGUGUUGGAUCAGCAGCGCGCUCUGCCUGACAGGCGCUCCUACAUGCUGACAGUCCGCCACGCCUUGACAAGGAAACUAACCCGGUCUAAGACCAUGCAGUGGUGACCGCCGCAAAUCAGCAACUCCUCUGUUUGACAGUGAGACAUUUAAGAAAGCUGUGUGCUGUCUGCUCUCAAAACACUGCAGUUUUACUGUGGACCGAUUCAAAUCCCCCUGGCGAUUGAAACACACAGAUAUCUUGGAUCCUCUUAUCCCUCAGCGUUUUAAGCUCCAGGUCCGACAGAGUUCCCCACAUGUGCUGCAUUUAUGGACCAUUUUUAGAGUUUUUUUAUGCAACAGUGAUGAUGCUGCUGUUUCCUAUCCUAUCUGUCCAGCUCAGCCUAAGGUUACCUGUAAAUAAGGCUGGAACAGGAUGAAUACUUGCAUAAGAAUGUAAUUAGAAAUCUUUUGUCAGCAGGUAAAGAGCUGCGUGAGUGAACUUUGUUAAUGGGCAAUCACAUCAGCUCCUCUGAUCCCCUAUUAAAGCAGCAGACAGUCUAAGUUAUUGAAGAGGACAAUACUAUCUGUGCAGUUAGGGUCGAGAUACAUGCAGCUGAUAACUUGAAGCACAAAUAAAAUGUGUUUUACUCA